GGACAGGGUUAAGUGGAGGGCCGGCCCGGCCCGCGCGGGGCCGAUCGCGGCUACUGCCAAGACCUCGGGGACUCAAGUCCCUGAGGGGACAAAGCCCGCCGCUCUGGAUGCUCGGGACUUGUGGACUUGGGACUUGGCCGGCGGGAUCUGCGGGUGCACGGCUUCAGGAAAAAGUUGAGAAUUUUGCCAGGUCAUUUCUGCCUGGACACAGUUAAUCAGUGUGUUUUUAGAGUGCUUCGUUGAAGCUGUCCUGCCGUGUUGAAUCAGCGUGCAUAGCCUCGGGGGUGCAUCGAGAAAACUGAAACCAAAGGAAUUAUAUAGGCCUGCUUUGUGUGUGUUUUCCCACUUUAAGCUUGUUUUCAGUACACAUACUCUUGCCUUAAACCUGAUUGGACUGUGGCGAGCAGACAUCUGUUUAAAGGAGGGGUAGCGACCACAACAGUACUUUGGAAGGGGGCUUGGAAAUGUGGAAAUAUUUUAAGUGCUUUCUCCGAACACUGAUUUGCUGUCUCGAUUCAGAUGUCCCUGGUAGAUUUGGGAAAGAAGCUUUUAGAAGCAGCACGUGCAGGUCAAGAUGAUGAAGUUCGUAUUUUGAUGGCAAAUGGAGCUCCUUUUACUACAGACUGGCUGGGAACCUCUCCACUUCAUCUGGCAGCACAGUAUGGGCAUUAUUCCACCACAGAAGUACUACUCCGAGCCGGUGUAAGUAGGGAUGCAAGAACCAAAGUGGACCGAACACCAUUACAUAUGGCAGCUUCUGAAGGCCAUGCCAGCAUAGUAGAGGUUUUGCUUAAGCAUGGUGCUGAUGUUAAUGCAAAGGACAUGUUAAAGAUGACAGCUCUACAUUGGGCCACAGAACACAAUCAUCAAGAAGUGGUGGAACUUUUAAUCAAAUAUGGUGCUGAUGUACACACGCAAAGUAAAUUUUGUAAAACUGCAUUUGAUAUUUCAAUAGAUAAUGGAAAUGAAGAUUUGGCAGAGAUAUUACAGAUUGCUAUGCAGAACCAAAUCAACACAAACCCGGAGAGUCCAGACACCGUGACGAUACACACCGCCACACCACAGUUUAUCAUCGGACCUGGAGGGGUGGUGAACCUAACAGGUCUGGUAUCUUCAGAAAAUUCAUCCAAGGCAACAGAUGAAACCGGUGUAUCUGCAGUUCAGUUUGGAAACUCAUCUACGUCAGUAUUAGCUACGUUAGCUGCCCUAGCUGAAGCGUCUGCUCCGCUGUCUAACUCUGCAGAAACGCCAGUAGUGGCUACGGAGGAGGUAGUUACAGCAGAAUCCGUGGAUGGUGCCAUUCAGCAAGUAGUUAGCUCAGGGGGUCAACAGGUCAUCACAAUAGUCACAGAUGGAAUUCAGCUUGGAAAUUUGCACUCCAUUCCGACCAGUGGAAUAGGUCAGCCCAUCAUUGUGACCAUGCCAGAUGGACAACAAGUAUUAACAGUACCAGCAACUGACAUUGCUGAAGAAACUGUUAUAAGUGAAGAACCACCAGCCAAGAGACAAUGUAUCGAAAUAAUUGAAAACCGGGUGGAAUCUGCAGAAAUAGAAGAGAGAGAAGCUCUUCAGAAACAGCUGGAUGAAGCAAAUCGAGAAGCACAAAAAUAUCGACAGCAGCUUCUAAAGAAAGAACAGGAAGCAGAGGCCUACAGACAAAAAUUAGAAGCGAUGACUCGUCUUCAGACUAAUAAAGAAGCUGUUUAAUUAACUACGAACAUGUAGUUUGAUUUACUUUUGGUUAAGAGAAAACACAGUUUUGAACUGUACACCACAAGGCGCAGUCGCAGGAAGCCAGGAUAACAGAGGAGACUACGGAUUGCCGAUCGGACUUAAGCCAUGCGCUCUGAAUCCUUGUAACAUAAAACUCUACUUUAGAAGUUGUGAAAUGUAUUUAAAACUGAAUUCUGUAAAUAGUUUUUGUUUUUUUACAGUUCCAGAUGAGUUAUAAAGAUUGUUGAAGAGAUCCAAAAACACAAUAAGCCACUGUUUUUGUGAAUUCUUUUUGAUUUUAGUAUGAACCUUAAUUUCUCAGAAACAGAACAGUUUUAAGGGUGAUCGUUGUCGAUUAGACCAAAUGUUAUAUAAAAAUUAUGUGGUGGACUGAUGCUGGAAUUACUCCUGUAGGUAUAAACUUCUAUAUGAAAAGAAGAUUUCUCCCAGGAAAUCUUUGUACAGCUUUAAGUUGUCUCAGAUUCUCUGAAAACAUUUUUUAGAAAGCAAAUUUUUAUAUUUGUUCAAUUUCAGCUAUACCCAAGUAGAUUUACAUGUAUAUGAAGCAAAUAUUUUUUAAACUUUCUGUUUGUACAUAUUCUGCAUGUUUUAUAAUUUCAAAACGCAUCACUUGCAUAGGUAUUUUCCCCACAAAGAUGAUGAAAGUGAACUAGGGGAAAAAAUCCUUUUAUUCUGUAGGUCAUUGAAAGUUAAGUAAGCUAGAAGCUGGUUUUAUUGGGAUUGACAAUGUUCUUAGAAGGAGCAGCUUACAAGUUAACUUGAAUUUGCAAACUGCAAAAAUCUAUGCUUUUUUGAAAAUUUCAUAGUGGGGACGUGAAACUGUAUUCUGUGCCUUCCAUCAUGAUUUCCACAUGAAAGCACUUUAAGGCACUGGAUUUUAAGAUAAUGUUUUUGGAAUACUCAGAGCAUAUGGGUUUCUGAAAUAUUUCAUGGACUCAUUUUCCCCCAGGAAAUUAUUCUUAUGGAAAAAAAAAUGCUUUUGUAUGUAGAACAAGAACUUUUUAUACUACAGUGAUGCUAGGUAUGUCUAACAUAACUUUGACUUUUCCCUGUGAAAACUGUAUGUCUGUGCUGUGACUUGCUCUCAUCACAAUAUUGUUGAAUUCCACAAUGUAUGGACAUUAAACUCUGACGUACUGUUCAUUCUUUUUUGUAAAACGUAACUUCAAGCUCUUUUUUCUUGCUUUAUUUUUUAAUGUCUUCUUGCUUUAUGAAAAUGUUUAACCCAAAACCCUUCUAGAUUACCUAUCUGUAUAAAGAAGCAAUUACCCUUAAAACUGUACUCUGGCCUACUUUUCUAUUUUACAAUUAAAUAUCUUUUCCACAUA